AAAAAAAUAUCAUAACCUUCCGGGCCCCACAAUUCAGCACUUUAACGGCCGCGAUUGGUUUCCCACACCUCAUCAUAGGCAAUUCAACGCACACCAACUAUGCGCGUCCAUGGCGGAAGUCAGUGCAUAGUCGACGAUGGCGAUUGCGAAGAGAACACGCACCCCAAUUGACCGGGUAAGAAAAUCACAAUUGAAUACCUAAUCUACAGAUCUCCAUUUAUAUUAUCCUCUCCAGAUUCCACCUCCAGUGACAAAACAUUAGACUUUAACGCAGAAACUGAUUCUCUAUACAUAUUAUAUUUGAUUUACGGCGGCGCGUGUCGUUCGUUUUCCCAAUGGGUCAGUCAGCUUCCACCUCCAAUUCUUCCAAUCGGGUUUUAACUCCGGCGAUUGUUUCUUCUUCAUCGCAAUCGCCAGAGCUCCCUAACGAAGCAACUGCUGAUGUUGAUUAUACGGAGGAUAUUCCUGACGAGUGUUUGGCGUACAUUUUCCAAUUCCUUUCUACUGGAGACCGGAAAAGCUGCUCCUUGGUUUGCCGCCGGUGGUUACUCGUUGACGGUCGGAACCGCCACCGGCUCUCUCUACACGCGAAAGUGGAGAUUUUUUCGUGUAUUCCUUCUCUAUUCACGCGGUUCGAUUCGGUCACUAAACUCUCCUUGCGUUGUGACCGCAAAUCCAUGAGCUUAAAUGAUGAUACUUUUGUCAUGAUCUCCGUCCGUUGUCAGAAACUUGAGCGCCUUAAGAUCCGCGGCUGCCGCGAAAUCACCGACGACGGUAUGGCCGCAUUCGCUGAAAAUUGCAAGAACUUGAGAAAGCUCUCUUUUGGCUCGUGCGCUUUCGGCACCAAAGGCAUAAACGCGGUGCUGGAUCACUGCAAGGCGCUGGAGGAUCUGUCUAUUAAGCGGCUCCGAGGAAUACACGACGGAGCCAACACGAUCGCCCCAGGGGCCGCGGCUUCGUCUUUAAAAUCGAUCUGCUUGAAGGAGCUAGUCAACGGUCAGUCUUUUGAACAGCUUGUGAUCGGAGCUAAAAAUCUUAAAACCUUGAAAAUUAUUCGGUGUUUGGGUGAUUGGGAUAAGGUACUUCAAAUUAUUGGAAACGAAAACAACUUAUUAAUUGAUGUACACCUUGAAAGGAUUCAAAUGAGCGACAUUGGUCUUGCAGCGAUUUCGAAAUGGGUAAAUAUGGAGAUUUUGCAUAUAGUGAAAACCCCAGAGUGUUCGAAUUUUGGGCUUGUUUGCGUGGCGGAGAAUUGCAAGCAACUGAGGAAGCUUCACAUAGAUGGAUGGAGGACUAAUAGGAUUGGAGAUGAAGGUUUAAUUGCAGUGGCCAAACAUUGUCCAAAUCUACAAGAGCUGGUUUUGAUUGGUGUUGAUGCGACGCAGGCGAGCUUGGCCGUGAUUGCUGCUAAUUGCCAGAAACUGGAACGAUUGGCGCUGUGUGGGACUGGAAGCAUUGGUGAUCAAGAGAUUGCUUGCAUUGCAGCUAAAUGCGUGGCAUUGAAAAAGCUGUGUAUAAAGGGAUGUGCUAUUUCAGACGUUGCAAUCCGAGCUCUUGCUUGGGGAUGUCCCAAUUUGGUUAAGAUCAAGUUGAAGCAAUGCAGAGGAGUGAGCAGUGAAGUUGUGGAGUGCUUGCAGCGGCAAAAAGCCUCGCUAGUUGUUAAUUUUGAUGCUGCUGGUAGUGACAAUGAAGGUUUAGAUGCUAGUAUGAGUGAUGGUGUAGGCCAAGAAAGUGGUUUAGAGUUUCCUGAAAUGAGUGGUCAAAUGGUGGUUGCAGAUGUUCCAUCGAAUAGUAAUGGGAGAUUGGCUUUGUUUAGAGCGAAGCUUGGGCUCUUUGCAAUUAGGAAUCUAGUGGCUUGUGCAUUUAGGAGAUGGUAGGGCAAUGAAAAUGGUAGUUCAAAUAACAAAAGGUGAAAAUUUUUUUUGUAAAAUUUACAUUUUCAUGGGAAAUUGUUCCCUGUUUUUCGUUUGUUCUUUCACUUUUGUUCUCAAAUUGCAAUGAAAUGGAAACAAGAAGAAACCAGCAUAUAUAGUUAUGAGUUUUUAUUCAAA